ACUGUCCAAGGGGAGCACUUGUAAAAAAACAGUAUGGACGAAUCUUACGACGCUAUUGUUUUGGGCACAGGCCUGAAGGAAUGCGUUCUGAGCGGAUUGCUUUCUGUGGAUGGUCUGAAGGUGCUCCACAUUGACCGCAACAACUAUUAUGGAGGGGAGUCAGCGUCCUUGAGCCUACAACAGCUCUUCGAACGGUUUAGACCUGGUCAGCAGCCUCCCAAGUCGCUUGGUCCAUCACGUGACUACAACGUGGACAUGGUGCCCAAGUUUAUCAUGAAUAGUGGCGAAUUGGUGCGAGUGCUGGUGCACACGGACGUGACCAAGUACCUGGAGUUCAAGGGCGUGGAUGGCAGCUUUGUCCAGAACAAGGGCCGUGUGGAGAAGGUUCCUGCUACAGACUACGAGGCCUUGCGCUCACCGCUGCUCGGUCUCUUCGAGAAGAGGCGGCUACGCAACUUCCUCCUGUUCGUGCAGGAGUACGAUGAAAGCAAUCCCAAGACCCAGAAGGGGUAUGACUUACGGCGAAUGCCCAUGGCAGCCCUGUACAAGGAAUAUGGCUUGGAUCCCAUGACCGUUGAUUUCAUUGGACAUGCCAUUGCCCUUCACAGAGAUGAUGCAUAUAUGGGGGAGCCAGCCUUGGCAACUGUGAAGAAGAUCAGGCUCUACUAUGACAGCCUGAUGCGCUUUGAGGGCACCAGCAGUCCCUACAUCUACCCUCUCUACGGCCUUGGCGAGCUCCCACAGGCGUUUGCGCGGCUGAGUGCGGUGUAUGGCGGCACAUACAUGCUGUCGAAGCCAGACGCGCAGGUGGCUUAUGAGAACGGUGUGGCAGUGGGUGUGACGGCAGAUGGCGAGACAGCAAAGGCAAAGCUGGUGGUCGGCGACCCGAGCUACUUUCCUGACAAAGUCAGCAAAACCAGCAGGGUUGUGAGGGCAGCAUGCAUAUUGAGUCACCCGAUACCGAACACCAACAACUCAGCAUCUGCCCAGAUCAUCCUCCCACAGAAGCAGGUGAACAGAAGGUCGGACAUCUAUGUCUUCUCCUGCUCUGCCUCCCACAACGUAGUGCCCAAGGACAAGUGGCUCGCCUUUGUCAGCACCACAGUGGAGACCAGCAAUCCCGAAGCAGAGCUGGCGCCCGGGCUGGCACUGCUGGGACCCUUUGAUGAGAAGUUUGUGGACGUUGUGGAUGUCUACGAGCCGCUCGAGAGCGGUCAGCGAGACAAGUGCUUCAUCUCCAAGGGGUACGAUGCCACCUCCCACUUUGAGACGACCGUGGAGGACAUUCUGGAGAUGUACACGCGCAUCACCGGCAAGGUGCUGGACCUUUCCUCCAAGGACGUCUCCCAGGCAGCUCAAUGAGGGCGGCGCGCAGUGCCUAGCUGCUGCAGCCUUCAAAAGGAGGUGUUGGGUGGCGCUCUAAUGGAUGCUGAUGCUACAUGCUGCAGCGGAGCGGCCAGGGGGCAUCAAGCCUCUCCUGGAGUAUCUGCCAGUGUCCUUUGUAUAAAAGAUAUAUGCAGCUAUCAGUUUAUCAACGCAACCAGAAGUGGAUGUUUUGUGUCACUGCUGAAUGAGUCUUAUUUGGAUAUGUGCUGUGUAUAUAGAUGCUAUAAAUGAGGAUGAGCAGCGCUGGUGUGAUAUGUUUUUGUCGUGUUCCUUGUUGAAAUCAUUCUGAGCCACACUGCAAAUUGGAAGAAAGGAUUCGCAGGAAACUUUUGGUAAAAGGAUCUGGCAAUCAGAUAAAGUAGACGGUGGCAGAGCAG